AUGACGACGAUGGAUCCUUUCAAUCGUGUCCGUGGUGGUGGCCACUCGAAGUCUAUCAGGUUUUUGCGGAGAGGCACUGCAUACACCAAGUCCCCGCUUGGCUCACCACCACUCGUGGCAUCACCACUUGGGAUCGAACACCCGCCUACGACUUUUGAGACGUCUCUCGACCACCUGAUCACACUACCGCGUCGAAUCAAUGAGCCACUGGUCUCGUUUCUGCUGAGAUCGAUUUUCAAGUUUCCGCUCAUCUUUCACGCGAUACAAAGCUCAGUCACGUCACUAUGCGUAGACCAGGAGAUGGACGAGUUCAUGGGCACCUUCGGACGCGAUGAGGGCGAGGCGCUGGUAUUUGUGGCAUUCAUCUAUGCCAUGGGUCAGGACAUCCGAAGACAGCAUGGAAUAGACGCACCAGAUCAAUUACCGCACGACAUCACGUUUCGAGAAGCUGUGGGAAUCAUGCACCUUGCCGAGUUGUUUGACUUGGACAGCCUGCGGAAGGCAACUCGGGCCGCCUUCAAGGAGAUCUUCAAAAGCCCAAUCCCGCAGUCGGAAUACGCGUGGACAUUCGGCCGAGGGUCAAGGAUAACGGGAGCCUUGUGCUCCCAGCCAGAAGUGCCAGUGAAGAUCGACCUCGUUGACCACUUCACGCACCAAUGGGAUGAUGAGCGGACGCCUGAAGAAGAGAAGCUCUUCAUGACACUUGGUCAGGAGAAUGUCGAAUUCUAUAUGCUAGUCAAGAGCUUCUGCUUGGGCCAUGUCAAUGAAGAGGGAGUGAACGACAUAUCACCAAGAUUUCUCGAGAAAUGGAUGAAAGCCGUGCGGCACAAGGCUGUCGUUCGGCGGCACGAUGAUGUUGGCUGA